AUGGGGACCCUAGGCAGAGCCAUAUACACCGUCGGAUUCUGGAUUCGCGAGACCGGUCAAGCUCUUGAUCGUCUCGGAGGCCGCCUCCAAGGCAACUACUACUUCCAUGAACAACUGUCCAGGCAUCGAACUCUAAUGAACAUAUUUGACAAGGUUCCUGUGGUCGAUAAGGAUGCAUUUGUGGCUCCUAGUGCCUCUGUCAUUGGUGAUGUCCUAGUUGGAAGAGGAUCAUCUAUAUGGUAUGGAUCUGUUUUGAGAGGUGAUGUGAACAGCAUCAGUGUUGGAUCUGGAACUAAUAUACAAGACAACUCCCUUGUGCAUGUAGCAAAAUCUAACCUAAGUGGAAAGGUGCUACCAACUAUCAUAGGGGACAAUGUUACUGUAGGUCACAGUGCUGUUUUACAUGGAUGUAUUGUUGAGAAUGAGGCUUUUGUUGGUAUGGGAGCAACACUUCUUGAUGGUGUUGUUGUUGAGAAACAUGCCAUGGUUGCUGCUGGAGCCCUUGUGAGACAGAACACAAGGAUCCCUACUGGAGAGGUAUGGGGAGGCAAUCCUGCAAAGUUUUUGAGGAAGCUCACUGACGAAGAGAUAGCCUUUAUUGCUCAGUCAGCUACCAAUUACUCAAACCUUGCACAGGUUCAUGCAGCUGAGAAUGCAAAGCCUUUUGAUGAGAUUGAGUUUGAGAAGGUUCUUCGCAAGAAGUUUGCGAAGAAGGAUGAGGAGUAUGACUCUAUGCUGGGUGUUGUACGUGAACUUCCCCCUGAACUUAUUCUUCCAAAAAAUGUCCUACCAGAUAAAGAACCUAAGGCAAAAUGA